AAUGCUGGAACUAAUUUAUAUUCUACCUUUAUUGUGCUUUGUCUACUUCCUUUUUCGGCGAUUUGUCCUGGAAAACUUCUAUGUGGAAUCGAGCGGCAAGUAUGUGAUGAUAACCGGUUGCGAUAGCGGUUUUGGACGGCUUCUGGCCACAAGUCUUCUUGAUAAACAUGUCAAUGUGUUUGCUGCAUGCUUCACGCAACAAGGAAUGGCAAGUCUUCAUUCCGAAUGGAAGCUGAAAAAAGGCCCAAAAGGACAAUUAUAUACACUUCAACUCGAUGUAACUAGCCAAGCAAGCGUAGAUUCUGCCAAAUCUUUCGUUACAAAAAUAUUGAAAGAACAAAAUUCCAAACUAUGGGGUCUGGUGAACAAUGCUGGAAUUUUCUCAAUCCAUGGCCCCGAUGAUUGGUGUAGUGUCGAUGAAUAUGCAUCUUCUCUCAACGUCAAUACUCUUGGAGCCGUGAGAAUGUGCCACGCGUUUGUUCCGUUGAUCAAGAAAAGCCGGGGGAGAAUUGUUACAAUGGGAUCAACUGCUGGAAGGCUUCAUGGUUUAUAUGUGGCACCUUAUGUUACUGCAAAGUUUGCCGUUGAAGCCUAUAUGGAUUGUUUGAGAUUGGAAAUGAGACCGUUUGGAGUUUCAGUUCAUAUUUUGGAACCAGGAUGUUUCAAAACAGAACUACUGAACAAUGAUGCUCAGAGAAUGAGAAUUCAGAAGAUUUGGAAUAGUUUGUCAGUGGAGACCAAAGAAGAAUAUGGAGAAGACUAUAGAAACGAUUUCGAGCGUGCUUGGGAAGCCGGUGUGAACGUUGUAGCAAACCCGAAUAUUGGAUGGGUUGUUGAUUGUUACUCUCAUGCUCUUUUCUCCUGGUGGCCACGACUUCGCUACUGUCCUGGAUGGGAUGCCAUUUUCAUGUUCAUCCCACUCAGUAUCUUCCCAACUGCUCUUCAAGAUUGGAUUUUGGCUGGACUCUACAAACUGAACCCAGGGCCAUCUUUGACACCUGCUGUGUUGGUUAAAAAUAAGAAGCGUCGUUCUGCGAUUCAAUGGAUUCAGUUUUUGUCUCAAAUUGCUAUUAUUCCCCUGUUAUACACUAUUUUCUUUGUGAAAAACACUCAAAAGCAAACAGUUGAAACGUCUACACAUCAUCAUAAUGUUACAGUUUCUGAGUGAACAUAGAAAUAAUAUUUAUUUUUAUUUAACUUUUUUCUUUAUCCACCGUACUUGAUAUCGAUCUUCCCAUCUUGACGAGUUAUUUUUUCAAUACAUAUGUAAUUAAAUUAAUUAUUUGAUUUAUUUUGAUACAACAACAAUUUUUUGAUUGAAUAAAAUAAAUUAUGAAUAUU